AUGCCAAGAAUCAAACUCCAAUCAUCCGAUAAUGAAAUUUUCGAUAUCGAAGUCGAAAUCGCCAAAUGCUCAGUGACCAUUAAGACAAUGUUGGAGGAUUUGGGCAUGGACGACGAAGAAGAAGAAGCUGUGCCUCUGCCCAACGUCAACUCUGCUAUUUUGCGUAAAGUGCUGCAAUGGGCCACUUUCCACAAGGACGAUCCACCACCGCCAGAGGAUGAUGAAAACAAAGAGAAGCGUACCGAUGACAUUUCUUCUUGGGACGCUGAUUUUCUGAAAGUUGACCAAGGAACGUUGUUCGAAUUGAUUUUGGCAGCUAAUUAUUUGGACAUAAAAGGUUUGUUGGAUGUCACCUGCAAAACUGUGGCCAACAUGAUUAAAGGAAAAGCCCCCGAGGAGAUAAGAAAGACUUUCAACAUUAAAAAUGACUUUACUGCUUCCGAAGAGGAUCAGGUGCGCAAAGAGAACGAAUGGUGUGAAGAAAAAUAA